UUCACACUGGGGCUGGGACUUUAUCCCAGUGUGGCAGUGCCCUACACCAGCACAUCAUUAUGGGAUCUAGUAUAUUCUCAUUAUGGCUCAUAUGGGUCUGGCUUGUGCAGAGCUCUGGGAUGCUGUCUCAUGUGGAGCGAUACGAUGUAGUGAGACCUCAGAGACUACACAGGAGAGAAAAGAGGAGUCUGCCAGACCAGCUUUAUCCUGAUACAGUCCAGUAUGAAUUAGCCAUUGAAGGAAGAAACCAUACAAUUCAUCUUGAAAAAAACAGGAAUCUCAUUGGGAGGGAUUACACUGAAACACAUUAUUCAGAAAAUGGCACACGGGUAACCAGAGUGCCAGCUGAGGAGCACUGCUAUUACCACGGUAAUGUAGAAGGCAUGCAGGACUCCUCCGUUAGUGUGGGGAUUUGUUCAGGCAUUAGUGGCUUUGUGAGAGCCAGGCAGCAGGUCUACCUGAUCGAGCCCCUGGGAGACGGUGACGAUGGUGACCAUGCCGUCUACAGGCAGGAGUACCUCAGAGUCAGCGGCCGUCCCGCCUGCGGCUCCUCCUCCAACUCCUCCAACUCCUCCACCCUCUACGAUUACGACCAGGACCGAGGCCCCCAGCUCUCCGGCCUCUUCAAAUCCAGAGCCUGGAGAAGCAAACGUACUGAAGGCAGUCCACAGCGGUUUGUUGAGUUGUUCAUGGUGGUGGACAAUGCAGAGUAUAGACGUUUUGGAAGCCAGACCAAGGCCCGGAUCUUGGGAGUAGUAAAUCACGUCGACAAGUUGUAUCGACCUCUGAAUAUUCGCAUCAUGCUGGUGGGGUUGGAGAUUUGGACGUACAAGGACUACAUUGAUGUUGAUCUUGAUUCGGAAACAACUCUGGACAAUUUCCUCCUGUGGCGCCAGGCAGAUCUUCUGAAGAGGACAAAGCAUGACAAUGCCCAGUUUGUGACCGGCAUAGAUUUUGAUGGUGAUACUGUUGGACUGGCAAAUAAGUUUGCUAUGUGUACUGGAAAUUCAGGUGGAAUCAAUCAGGAUCACCACAAGAACCCAAUUGGCCUUGCCUCCACCAUUGCCCAUGAGAUGGGUCAUAAUUUCGGCUUGUCCCAUGAUUCCCCAAGCUGUAUGUGUGGUUCAUCUUUCAGCAGUAACUGUGUAAUGGCAGAUAAGCUCAGGACAGGAAGUCAAACUUUCCCAGAGUUUUUCAGCGGCUGCAGUGAGGAGCAGCUGGCUGAAUUCUUUGAGAGAGCUCAGCCCAGCUGCCUGCUCAAACCCAGCUAUGUCAGCACCAUCGAUGUGGGCCCUCGCUGUGGCAAUGCCAUAUUGGACCCUGGAGAGGAGUGUGACUGUGGCACUGUGGAGGAAUGCAAAAACCGCUGUUGUGAUGCCUCAACCUGUCGCCUCGCGGAAGGAGCGCAGUGUGCUCACGGAGGAUGUUGUGACAACUGCCAGUUCAAACAAGCCGGAAGUGUGUGCAGGCAGGCUGCCAGUGACUGUGACCUGACUGAAUACUGCACUGGAGCAUCACAAGACUGCCCCGAGGAUAGCUUUGAGAUGAAUGGCAGCCCCUGCUACGACCAAGGGCAGGGCUUCUGCUACAACGGCCAGUGCCCCACACAUCUGCAACACUGCUGGAGGCUCUUUGGACUAGGGGCCAGAGUUGGAUCCGAUGCAUGUUUUGAGCUAAACAGAGGGGGUCAGGAGGGAGCGCACUGCGGGCGGAGCAAAUAUGGCUACAACCGCUGCACUACACAGAAUCUUAAGUGUGGAACUAUAUUUUGUGAUGGAGGAGGUGACUCCAUCACAGGUAAAAAGGCCGUCUUCACUUUGCCCAGCAAUGGAAAAUGCCUUAUCGGUGUGGAUGAUGAUAAAACCAGAAGCCUUGACAUGGUUCCCACAGGAACCAAAUGUGGACAAAACAAGGUUUGCAUGGAGCAUCAGUGUGUGGAUGUAGCAGUUUAUGGGAAAAGGGAGGAGUGUGUAAAGAAAUGCAACAACAAUGGGGUGUGUAAUCACAAAAAGGAGUGCCACUGUAAUCCCGGCUGGGCCCCACCUUUCUGCGACGUCCAGUAUGCAGACUUGCCUCAAGGCCAGAGUGGGGUGAUUGCUGGUGUGUGUGCAGCAGUGGCCGUCCUGUUGGGGAUCACUGUAGUGGUUGCAGGGCUGAUGUGCUGUAAAAAGGACAAAAGAGAAAACUACACCUCUAGAAGGAAAGUACAUUCAGCUCCUGGAAAGCAGAACCCAAUGUUCCAGGAGCUAAAUGUUAAGGAGCGACCUCAGAUCAGCCAGCCGACCUUUUUGGAGUCCACAGCUACACAAGCCUGCUCCCCUCUCAUUGUUACCGUCGUCCCAAGCAGACCACAGCCGCCAAAGAAAUCCUCAACAUUUGAUGCUAAAAACUCUGCGCCGACAAAACCUCUACCUCCAUCUAAACCUUUGCCUCCUCUGAAUGACAAGCAGACCAGUGCAGCCAAACCAAAUCCUCCUCCUGUACCUCCGGUGAAGCCCAGUCCUCCUCCAGCGGCCCGAAUCAAGCCUUGCACUCCUCCUGUGCCCCCAGUGAAGCCAAAAGUCACACAGACCCACAUGAAAUCCUGAGAGGUACCGAGCUUCACCUCGUACGAGCGACAAAGCACCAUUUACAGUGGCCCUGCCGUUUACAGUGCAGUGUAUAGAGAGAGUCUGUUACAGAAGCUGAAUUGAAUUGUUUUUUCAUGUGUUGCUGCAGGCUUCGGGAAGAGAGGAUCAGAGCGAUGAUUCACAUGAGUCAAGGGCUUUGGAAAAGUUUGCCCCUCGUUUUGAAAGCCUAAAGUUGUCUUGCAUGACCGAGGCUUAAGUAAAUGUCGGAGAAUGUCUUUGAUGACACAAGACCCACAUUGAUGUGUCUUGGUAGUGCAUCUUUGAACUACUGUGGAAAAGUGAUUUGUGGGGGGGAAAGAGUUGCAGUUAACUGCUGCUGCCGUCGUCAUGUGCUGUAUUUUCAAUUAUGCUUCCUGACAACUCCCUUUGAAAUUAGCAUACCAGCUUUUGUUAAGGUGUGUCGUUGCACUUUUACGAGGGUGAGCAAAGUGGUGGUCAUGUGAAAUUGUUUCAAUUAAAUAUUUAUUGAAUGUUUGUGCUAGUGGUGUUCAAAGCCAGUCGGUGCCUUCUAUGAAAAUGUAUUUUUUUUGCAUUACUUUAUACUUGAAAACUAAUGAACGGUACAUGCAUUAUGAGACGCUUUGUUUAAAUGUUUCUGCACUGUUCGUAUGGCCUGUGUAUGUUGCUGCGGUUCAGUUUGAACGAAUUACACGAUCCAGUGGUUAUUUUUAGUUCCAGACAGGUGCGUGACCUCCAACAGUAAUGUGAGGCGUCCAAGCCUUGGGGCACAACCUCUUGUUUUUAGUACGGAAAUAUUUUUUCAGUACUGAUGUUUUUGUGGCAUAACAAUAAUGGGUUUCAUUCUUUGGAAAAUAAUAUGCUGUAGUGGAUUCGUUAGUAUGUCCCAUGAAAAAAAAUCACCCAUGCAACAAUAGUUUGAUUGUUUUCCUGUGGUAUAUUUGAUUGCUGGUUUCUUGUGUACGAGUUGGUGUCACAUUUCUAGUUAAUAAUGUUCGAUUUGAUUGAUUGAAUUUUUAGCUGAUGUGAAGGUGAUAUGAAUCCAUCCAAACUUGAUGAAUACUCGCGAGUGUUGUCGCAACAACCAAAAAAAAGGCAGUCCUCAAGUGCACUUUAUUGCCUCAGUUUGCUGAAAUGUCCGUGUUGCAUUGCCGAUUGCCCAAUGUAUUGCAUGGGGAUCCAAACAUGACAACAAAGAAUUUCUUAUCUCUUAUGUUCCUCUCCCAGAGCUCCACCGUGAUGUUGUGUAAUAAACUUGACUUUCUAUCAUGAAUAUGAA